GCAGGGGAUGAGGCUUCGAUUCUGGAACACACCACCACAGGACCAAACCAACUCAUCACAUCAAGACACAUAACAUUUCAAACGCAUCCCACAUCGGAAUAUGCUCCCGCAUCUGCAUUUAUCCCAUUUUAUACUUCCCUCUUUCAUUUUUUCCCACUUCAACAUCUCCCCUCACCUCCCAUCUCUCUCUCUCUCUUGAUUGAGAGAUGGCGCGCACAACUGAAACUUCUAUUUUCAGAUACCACGGCCACCAUCGUCUCUUUUCUUUCAAUCCUACCUCUUCUGUUUCUCUCUCUUUCAGUAGGCCUCUCUUCUCACUCUCACUCUCACUCUCGUCGGUUUCGUCUUCGUCGGCGGCUUUGUGUUGUCGGUCGCCACGUGUGUCGACGGCACCGGUGGAGUAUGAGUCGCAGGAGGGAGAGUUUGAUUUCGAGGGGGAGAUUGCGAGGCUUCAGAGUCUGCGAUCGGCGAUUGGGAAUGCGAAGAGCGUGGAGGAGAAGCUUGCGGUGGUGGACGGGGAUUCGAGGGUGAAGCGGUUCUUCUGUUCGGGGAAGAGCGGGGUUUCUAGGGUUUUGGGGAGUGUGAGUUGUGAUUCGUAUGAGUUGUUUUUGGUCAAGUGUUUGGUUGCAGCGGGGCAAGAGCAUGUGCUGAGUUCGGGUUUGGGGUUGCUGGAGGGGGAGUUUGAGUCGGAGAGGAGCGCGUUGAGGAGUGUGUUUUAUGGCUUGGUGGAGAUGAUUGAGAAAUGGGAAGUGAGUGGUGCUGAGGGCUUGGGGAAGAAGAAUGGUGUGGCUGAUGAAGAGAUUGGAGCAUUGAAAAAGCUGCUGAAGACUUUAAGAGAGAUUGAACAGUUCUAUGACUGCAUUGGAGGAAUCAUUGGAUAUCAGAUUGUGGUAUUAGAGCUUCUUACCCAAUCAUUAUCCAAGAAACAUAUAAAUUGGAUCCAACACAUAAAUGAAGCAAUGCAAUGCCAGCUUCUAGAGCUACAUUCUCCUUGUGGACUUGAUCUUUCUAAAAAUACAGCUUAUGCAUCUCAAGCAGCUCUCUGGGGAGUUGAGGGUUUGCCUGAACUGGGUGAAAUUUAUCCUUUGGGAGGCUCUGCAGACAGGCUUGGUUUGGUCGAUCCUGACACAGGUGAAUGUCUUCCUGCUGCAAUGCUUCCUUAUUGUGGACGGACCUUAUUGGAAGGUCUUAUAAGAGAUCUUCAGGCUAGGGAGUUCCUUUACUUCAAGAUCUAUGGAAAACAAUGCAUCACUCCUGUUGCAAUUAUGACAAGUGCGGCAAAGAACAACCACGAACAUAUCACUUCUCUUUGUGAAAGACAUCAAUGGUUCGGAAGAGGUCAAUCAAGUUUCCAACUUUUUGAACAGCCUCUUGUUCCAGCUGUUAGUGCAGAAGAUGGUGAAUGGCUUGUAACCAAACCAUUCACACCUGUAUGCAAGCCUGGUGGUCAUGGUGUAAUAUGGAAACUUGCUUAUGACAAAGGCAUCUUCCAGUGGUUUUACGAUCAUGGAAGAAAGGGAGCAACUGUUCGACAAGUCAGUAAUGUUGUGGCUGCUACAGACUUAACCCUCUUGGCUUUAGCAGGGAUUGGAUUACGCCAUGGGAAGAAAAUGGGGUUUGCAUCCUGUAAGCGGAACUUGGGAGCAACAGAGGGGAUCAAUGUUCUAAUUGAGAAGAAUCUUGACGGGAAAUGGGAAUAUGGGUUGUCAUGCAUUGAGUACACCGAGUUUGAUAAAUUUGGAAUCACAGAUGGACUGCUUUCUUCUAAUAGUUUGCAGGCAGGGUUUCCAGCCAAUACAAAUAUUCUCUAUGUGGAUUUACCUUCUGCAGAGCUGGUUGGAUCAAGUAAUGAUGAAAAGAGUUUACCAGGAAUGGUGCUAAAUAUAAAAAAGCCGAUUGUAUAUGAAGACUAUUUUGGAUUCCAACAUAGUGUUUCUGGUGGUAGGCUGGAAUGCACAAUGCAAAAUAUUGCAGAUAAUUUUUUCAAUACAUAUGCAUCUCGGUGUUAUAAAGGUGUAGAAGCAGAUGUGCUGGAUACUUUUAUUGUAUAUAAUGAACGAAGAAGGGUUACCUCAUCCGCUAAGAAGAAAAGAAAACAUGCAAACAAGUCUCUUCACCAGACCCCAGAUGGUUCACUAUUAGAUAUCAUGCGGAAUGCUUAUGAUCUUCUUUCUCAAUGUGAUAUAAAAAUGCCUGAGCAAUGUUCUGGUGUUCUGUUGCAUCAUAAUCUGCAGAUUGAAGGUAAUGACAGAUAUGCUGACUCUGGACCACCGUUUCUUGUCCUUCUUCAUCCUGCUUUGGGCCCUCUUUGGGAGGUCAGCAGACAAAAGUUUUAUGGAGGUUCCAUUUCCAUGGGUUCUGAGUUACAAGUCGAGGUUGCAGAGUUCUUGUGGAGGAAUGUUCAGCUGGAUGGAAGCAUGAUUGUUAUUGCUGAAAAUGUUAUGGGCUCAACUAGGAUUGAUGAAAAUGGUGAGCCCAUGCUACAGUAUGGGCACAGGUGUGGAAGAUGUAAGUUACAAAACGUCAAAGUACAGAACAAAGGAAUUAACUGGAAUUCUGGUGACAAUAUAUAUUGGAAGCAUGAUGUGCAACGGUUUGAGGCAUUAAAGAUCAUACUCCAUGGAAAUGCUGAAUUUGAAGCAACUGAUGUUCUCCUACAGAGAAAUCAUGUAUUUGAAGUUCCAAAUGGCUACAAGAUGAAGAUUUCAUCAAAAAAUCCAGGUUUGGCAGUUGACUUAAAUCCUAUUGAAGAGAAAAUGAUUGAUAGCGGCAGUUGGUUCUGGAAUUACAAGAUAAGUGGCACACAUAUUCAUCUGGAAUUAGUAGAGUUCUGAGAUUCUAAUUAGAUCUGUAACCCCACAAUAUGUGAACUAUGGUUCACAGAUGUAAGUGGAGUUUGGUGGCUGACUUUUUCAUAUUUGUCAUUUGUCCUGUUGUGAUUGGUUGAACGUGAGUUAAACCUCUUCCACAGCUGGAUCUCUUUUGUUGUAAUAUUGUUGCUUAGAGCCUUGUAAGACCUGGAUGGUCCCGGCUUCAGCUUAUGUAAAAUAAACUCAAUAUAAAUGUAAAAACAAUGUUAAGAGUUCAAUUAAUAGAAGUUGAUUUUUUUAAA